UCUUGCUGAACGCACUGCUGCUGCAGCUUCAUCUCUCCACCAUUUCCUUUGUCUCUUCACGACCAAAUAUAUCCCCUAAUCCCGGCGCUUUAUUACGCGCCCUCUCCAGCGCAUCGCGCCCGCCCUCCCGCAGCCGCCCGAACCUGUCAAGUCACUUCAACUCUCCUCAAAGAACACCGUAAAGAUGGGGUACAUUCUAUAUUCAGCGUCGUUCUGCAUUCUAGUCGUCGCUACUGCCCUCUACAUGACGCGCCAAACCUGGCUCCCGCUCCUCAGCCACAUGCCCGAGCCACUCUACACGCGCCUCCCGACCUCCUUCCGCGACGACAUCGAAGCCGGCCUGCACUCCUCCACCUUCGACCUAAGCGGCAACGUCGAAGCCGGCGACUCACGGCAGGGUCUCGACGAUGGCGCAAAGCGAGAUGUACUCCGCAUCAUGAAACGACAGGGCGUCAAGUUCGAUGAGGCACGGAGGAUAUACAUGCAGGAACGCUUUAAGAGGAAUGGCAUUGGCGCAGAUGGGAUUCCCCGGGAUCCCAAGUUCGUUAGCUUUUCGUGAGGUGGGAUAGGGGUGGAGAGUUUCCUAUGUUGGGUUCUUCAAGGGGAUUUCUUUUGUUAUAUGGAAGGAUGGGCAUGGGAUGGGGUGGAUUGGGGUUCUUCAUUGCGUUUGGGAAGCGGGCGUUUUCAUUUUCAUUUUGUUGCGUGAUGCGCACUGGGUGACACGGUUCACGUGUGCAAGAACGCUCCAAGAACUCUCAUAUCGCUGGUUUGUUUGUUUGUUUGUUUGCAUUCAUCAGCUUUCCUUUGUCAUUUCUUCUCUCUUCCUCGACUGAGCUUUGGCAGUUCCUAGUCUGCUACUCUUGCUACUAAUCGAUAUCUUUCUACCUUACUAUUCAAAUGCACCAGUCCA